UUGGAUGCACUCUGAUGUUUUUGCUCUGCUAGACGGAACUAUGAUCAUCCUAGCUACUCCUCCUGUUUAGCUGGGUUGACUAGUCACAUACCGCAAUGCUUGGCUUGUAGGUUGAGGUGGUUCCUCACCAACUUUUUGCGUAGCUUGGCUUUGAACUGAGAUCUUCCUAUUCUCCUCCCCCCAACUAGCUAGGAUUACUGUCAUGUAUCAGUAUACUUGGCUUUCAAAUCUUUGACUCUUGAGUGGACACUGUCAAUAAAGUACUAAAAAUUAAAAUAAAUAAAGGCUUCCUGAUUUUUCCCUAAGCAAUGGGCACAGUAUGUACUAUAGAUGUAGAUUCUGUUGUAGAAGAUGCCUUUUGCCCCUUUGCCAUGUCAUCUUUGAGGGCCUUUGUUUCCUCAGGGAGGGAGUGAUACUGUGCCCCGAUGUGCCCCAAUGGCUACAGCCUAGACAUCCAGUUCUUCUCAUCACCAUCCCUCCUUGGCCUUUGUGCCAAGUGGUAGCACUCUGGGCAACCAGGAAGCUGGUUUAAAAGCAAAGUUUCAGAGGCGACCAUUUAUGGCAUGAGCAAAAACUGAGGAAGAGCACAGUUUGGAGGUGUCUAGAUGAGCUAAGCUGCCAUUUGCAUCAGUGGCAUUUGGAACUUUUAAAUCAAUACCUACUGGUGAGUUUAUGAAGCCUUGGUGAAUAUGUGCUGAGUCAGAAACCAAAACAUUUUCAUUGGCCUUGUCCACUUUCAGUGUUCCCUCUGGAAAAAUCUUAUCCAGGCUGUGAGGCUGUGGUUUUCCAUGACCACUCUCCCUUGACGACUGUCUGGUGUACGUCUUGUUGGGCAAUGCAUGGCACCUUGUGUAGAACAUGGCAGCCACAUGGGAUCUGUAGAACAUGGUGCCUGUGUGUUAACUGCGUAGGACUCGGGAGCCAGGCUGGGCAGACGGUAAGACAUACCAUUGUUAUUGGUCUUAAUAAGAUAAGCUCUGGUAAGCCAGGAGAGAACUUGGAGGUAUUCCUGUAUAAAUCUUCUCUUACAUUGAGAGACACUGAAGCCAGCAAGGGGGGUUCUUAAACUUGCGAGUGUCUUAGCAAUUCUUUGAGAGCCUGUUAAGAUGGAGAUUCUUGGAAGUCUCAGAAGACUCAAGAGGUCAAAGGGGAGGUUCAAAAACAGCAGGUGCCGAUGGUGGCUCUUGGAUUUGAGAACCUAGCCUAAAAGAUGUGCAACUUGCCCUCUUAAACUCUGCUGGACCAGGAAUGUGGAGCCUGGGCCCAGGUCUCUUCCGUGUGUUUCCUUGUUCAAUGCCCAUCUGAUUUGUAUGGAAUGAAGAGCAACCACGUGGGUAUAAUCUGCCAGAGGUGGGCAAGAGACUUGAGAUCAUCUGUAUAGAACCCCAGCACCAUUGUCUUUACUGUAAGGCUGAUCAUUGAUUUGUGGUUUGACAGAAGCUAUCAGAGAAGUGUCUGGUCUCUAAGGAAAAGGUAAAAUAAAUCCACACAAGUAUGUUCAUAGUGAAAACUACUAGGGGAAAAUUUCAACCUACCUAGGAACAUCUGUUUCAUAAUAACAAUUAGUAAGGACACAUUCUAGCUCUUCAAUAAAGACUGUUUCCUCAGAGACACUAACAAGCAACCUUUUGCUUUUAGUUGAAUUUUUCAGCUUUCUAUGUAAUUGGAAAUGUAAAAAUCACAUGCUUGAAAACUUAGAGAUCUCACUAAUCAGACUUCCCGUAAGAUCACCCUUGACAGUAGUCUAAAUGUGUGAGGACAUUGAGCCCAUAAAACAGCUGUAAUCUUGAUGUGCAUCAAGCAGAGAUACCAUUACAAAACACAUUUUCUUUUUUUCAAUAGCUAUCAGUUUUAUUAAAAUUUAAGAUCCCAUUUCAUAAAACAAUAUGUUUCUAAAACAUCUGCUCAACUUUUGCCUGCUAUCUUUGCUUAAACACAGGUCUAAGUCAAAAAAGGGGAUGGCCGGUCAAAUAGAAGGCACCUGGUAACACAUUUACUUUUUUCUUUUUUCCCUCUGUAUCUUUUGCACCCUGUAGACUCUUGAAAGUGGAAAGGAUCUGAGCCCGAGAACCAACAUAGCCUUCAAGCCGGGCCUUUUAGCCCAGGAAGCUGUGUUGAGGAUCUAAGUGGAGAGCUGUGUAUUGAUGACAAAUGUGCAUCCAGCCAGCUCCUUCUGGAUGAAUGAACGAGUUCAUGAUUACACGAGAGUCCUCCCUCCACACUUCUUUCGUGGAGUCACUUCAUGGAUGACAGGUGCUUGUAACUCCUCUCUGCUGCUCCAAGACCAUGUAAGGUGCACUGCCCAUUAGCCCCGCCCAGAGCAGAGACAGGUUUGCAGGUUGAAAUGGGGAACUCCGAGAGUCAGUACACCCUCCAAGGAUCUAAAAAUCAUAGCACUACCAUUACUGGUGCUAAGCAGAAGCCUUGCUCCCUGAAAAUACGCGGCAUCCAUGCAAAAGACGAGAAGUCAUUGCACGGGUGGACUCACGGCAGCGGCGGAGCGGGCUACAAGUCCAGGUCGCUGGCCCGAAGCUGCCUUUCUCACUUCAAGACUCAUCAGCCUUAUGCCACGAGACUCAGUGGCCCCACAUGCAAAGCCUCCAAAGGCCCCGUCUACUCCAAGCACCGGGGAAACGCCCCGGGACCUGACUGUCAGGACCACGAUGCCUUCCACUAUGUCAGCCGUGAGCCAGCAGAUAACCACAUCACCUCCAGAGACUGCAACGGGCACCUUCUCAACUGCUACGGGAGAAAUGAGAGCAUGGGCUCCACCCCGCUGGGGGAGGACCGCCGGAGUCCCAGGGUGCUCAUCAAGACACUGGGGAAGCUGGAUGGCUGUUUGAGGGUCGAGUUCCACAACAGUGGUACCCACAGCCAAGGGUCUGCAGAGGACCCCGGCGGACCGGUGCAGCUGCUGAGGUACUCGCCCACGUUGGCAUCCGAAACCUCUCCUGUGCCCGAUGGCAGGAGGGACUCCAGCGCUGACUCCCCAGCCAGCCAGCGCCCUUCUCCCACAGACUCUCGCCUGCGCUCCAGCAAGGGCAGCUCCCUGAGCUCUGAGUCCUCCUGGUACGACUCCCCCUGGGGGAAUGCUGGAGAGCUGAGCGAGGUGGAGGGCUGCUUCCUGGCCCCCAGCACUCCCGAUCCCAGCUUCCCGCCCUCCGAUGCCAAAAAGCCUUUCAACCAAAGCUCUUCCCUUUCCUCCCUCCGCGAACUCUACAAAGAUGCCAACCUGGAGAGCUGCUCCCCCUCGGGCAUCUGCCUUUCUGAUGACUAUAUUGGCUCCCACGCCAGUCUCAGCAACCGUGUCUCCUUUGCCUCGGACAUAGAUGUGCCCUCCAGGGUGGAGGACAGGGACUCUGUCCAGUACGGUUCCUUCACCCUUCCCUGCCGGAAGUCCAAAGCCUUCACUGAAGACACCGCGAAGAAGGACACCCUCAAGGCCAGGAUGCGACGCAUCAGCGACUGGACGGGAAGCCUCACCAGGAAGAAGAGGAAACUCCAGGAGCCGAGGUCCAAGGAGGGUAGCGACUUCUUCGACAGCCGCUCUGAUGGGCUGAAUGCAGAUGUGCAGGGACCCCCUCAGACGUCUGCCUUCCUAUGGUCAGGGGGUUCGGCCCAGAUCCUGUCUCAGAGAAGCGAAUCCACUCAGGCGAUUGGCAGCGGUCCCCUCCGACAGAACAUUUAUGAGAAUUUCAUGCGGGAGCUGGAAAUGAGCAGGACCAAUACUGAGCAUGUAGACACAUCCACAGAAACCGUGGAGUCUAGCAGCGAGUCACUCAGCUCGUUGGAGCAACUGGACCUGCUCUUUGAGAAGGAGCAGGGUGUGGUUCGCAAGGCCGGGUGGCUCUUCUUCAAGCCCCUUGUGACCCUGCAGAAAGAGAGGAAGCUGGAGCUGGUGGCCCGGAGGAAGUGGAAGCAAUACUGGGUGACACUUAAAGGCUGCACCCUGCUGUUCUACGAGACCUACGAGAAGAACUGUGCUGAGCCGAGCCACGGGCCCAGGAGCGCCCUCUUUGUGGAGGACAGCAUCGUGCAGUCCGUCCCAGAGCACCCUAAGAAGGAGCACGUGUUCUGUCUCAGCAACUCCUUCGGAGAUGUCUACCUUUUCCAGGCUACCAGCCAGACAGAUUUGGAGAACUGGGUCACGGCCAUACACUCUGCGUGCGCAUCCCUUUUUGCAAAGAAGCAUGGGAAGGAGGACACGGUGCGCCUGCUGAAGAGCCAGACUAGAGGCUUGCUCCAGAAGAUCGACAUGGACAGCAAGAUGAAGAAGAUGGCGGAGCUGCAGCUGUCUGUGGUCAGCGACCCCAAGAAUAGGAAGGCCAUUGAGAACCAGAUCCAGCAGUGGGAACAGAAUCUGGAGAAGUUUCACAUGGAUCUGUUCAGAAUGCGUUGCUACCUGGCCAGCUUACAGGGCGGGGAGUUACCCAACCCCAAGAGUCUCCUUGCUGCCGCUAGCCGUCCAUCCAAGCUGGCCCUUGGCAGGCUGGGCGUCCUGUCUGUUUCCUCAUUCCAUGCUCUGGUAUGUUCUCGAGAUGGCUCUGCUUUCCGGAAGAGAACUCUCUCACUGACUCAGCGAGGGAGGAGUAAGAAGGGUAUAUUUUCUUCACUGAAAGGACUGGACACGCUGGCAAGAAAAGGAAAGGAGAAGAGGGCUUCUGUAACUCAGAUAUUCGAUUCCAGUGGUAGCCAUGGAUUUCCUGGAACUCAAUUACCUCAGAGUGCUACCAACUCCUGUGAGGUGGAUGGACUUCUGCAUCUGUGUGGGUCGGCAGUAGAGGGGCCUCCCCGGGACGGCGCGUGGGAAAUCCAGACCUACAUUCACUUUCAGGAUCAUCAAGGCGUGACUGUCACAAUCAAGCCAGAGCACAAGGUGGAGGAUGUUUUGACUUUGGCAUGCAAGAUGAGACAGGUGGAACCCAGUCAUUACGGCCUUCGGCUCCGAAGGCUGGCGGAUGAGAGCGGCGCGUGGCACGCCCCCGCGCCCUCCGAGUCCAUGCAGGAGCAGGUUUAUGAUGAGAUAGAGAUCUUUCCACUCAGUGUUUAUGAUGUGCAGCUCACGAAGACUGGGGAUGUGUCUGACUUUGGGUUUGCAGUCACCGCACAGGUGGACGAGCAUCAGCACCUCAGUCGGAUAUUUAUAAGUGACGUUCUCCCUGAUGGCUUGGCAUAUGGCGGAGGGCUGAGAAAGGGCAAUGAAAUCAUGACCUUAAAUGGAGAAUCCGUGUCUGAACUUGACUUGAAGCAGAUGGAGGCCCUGUUUUCUGAGAAGAGCGUUGGGCUUACCCUCAUCGCCCGCCCUCCAGACACAAAAGCAACCCUGUGCACUUCCUGGUCAGACGGUGACCUGUGCUCCAGGGACCAGAAGGCCCUGCUGCCCUCUUCCCAUCAGUCCCAGCUGCUGGAGGAAUUCCUGGACAACUUCAAAAAGAACCCAGCCAAUGAUUUCAGCAACGUCCCUGACAUCACGACUGGUCUGAAAAGGAGCCAGACGGAUGGCACUCUGGACCAGGUGUCCCACAGGGAGAAGAUGGAGCAGACCUUCCGGAGCGCGGAGCAGAUCGCCGCGCGGUGCGGGGGCUUCCUCGACGCCCAGGGCCGCGCCAUGGAGGCGCCGGGGCCCGGCCGGGACCCCCCGCCCCCGCCCCGGCCGCUGGCCCGCCACCUGUCGGACGCCGACCGCCUGCGCAAGGUGAUCCAGGAGCUCGUGGACACCGAGAAGUCCUACGUGAAGGACCUGAGCUGCCUGUUUGAAUUGUACCUGGAGCCGCUGCAGAAUGAGACGUUCCUCACCCAGGACGAGAUGGAGUCACUCUUCGGAAGCCUGCCGGAGAUGCUGGAGUUCCAGAAGGUCUUUCUGGAGACGCUGGAGGACGGGAUCUCGGCGUCCGCGGACUUCAGCCUCCUGGAAACGCCGGCUCAGUUCAGAAAGUUGCUGUUUUCCCUGGGAGGCUCCUUUCUCUAUUACGCCGACCACUUUAAACUGUACAGUGGCUUCUGUGCUAACCAUAUUAAAGUCCAGAAGGUUCUAGAGCGAGCGAGGACCGAUAAGGCCUUCAAGGCUUUUCUGGACGCGCGGAACCCCACGAAGCAGCACUCGUCCACGCUCGAGUCCUACCUCAUCAAGCCCGUCCAGCGGGUGCUCAAGUACCCGCUGCUGCUCAAGGAGCUUGUGUCCCUCACCGACCACGAGAGCGAGGAGCACUACCACCUGACAGAAGCACUCAAGGCAAUGGAGAAGGUCGCCAGCCACAUCAACGAGAUGCAGAAGAUCUACGAGGAUUACGGGACGGUGUUCGACCAGCUGGUGGCAGAGCAGAGCGGCACCGAGAAGGAGGUAACAGAACUUUCCAUGGGGGAACUUCUGAUGCACUCUACAGUUUCUUGGUUGAAUCCAUUUCUGUCUCUGGGAAAAGCCAGAAAGGACCUUGAGCUCACAGUAUUUGUUUUUAAGAGAGCUGUCAUACUGGUUUAUAAAGAAAACUGCAAACUGAAAAAGAAAUUGCCCUCCAACUCCCGGCCUGCGCACGGCUCUGCUGACUUGGAUCCCUUUAAAUUCCGCUGGCUGAUCCCCAUCUCUGCGCUUCAAGUGAGACUGGGGAACACGGCAGGGGCAGAAAAUAACUCCAUAUGGGAGCUGAUCCACACAAAGUCAGAAAUCGAAGGACGGCCGGAAACGAUCUUCCAGCUGUGCUGCAGCGACGGCGAGAGCAAAACCAGCAUGGUGAAGGUGAUCCGCUCGAUCCUGAGGGAGAACUUCAGGCGGCACAUCAAGUGCGAGCUGGCGCUGGACAAGUCGUGCAAGGAGCGCCUGGUGCCGCUCAAGAACAGAGUUCCUGUUUCCGCCAAGUUAGCGUCCUCCAGGUCUCUGCGAGGGCUCCGGACGUCCUCCGGCGGCGAGUGGCCCGGCGAGCCCAGCAAGGGCCACUCGCUGGACUCGGACGAGGGCAGCCUGAGCAGCGGCACCCAGAGCAGCGGCGGCCCCGUGGCCGAGGGCCAGGGCUCGGCGCCCGAGCUCCCCGACGGGCUCAAGGAGAGCGACAUUCUGAGCGACGAGGACGAGGACGGCCGCCGCCCCGGGAGCGAGGGCAGCCCCACCCAGGACAUCGAGCUCCAGUUCCAGAGGCUGAGGAUCUCGGAGGAGGAGGAGGAGGACGAGCCCCGGCCGGCGGGGCCGCGGCCGGCCAGCGGCGCGGGCGAGGGCGAGGGCCAGCGGGCCGGGGAGCAGCCCAGGCUGGUCCGGGGCCACUUCUGCCCCAUCAAGCGCAAAGCCAACAGCACCAGGAGGGACAGGGGGGCGCUGCUCAAGGCGCAGACUCGUCACCAGUCCCUCGACAGCCACCCCGAAAGUGCCAGCGCGGACCUCAACCUGGUUUUGGAGAGAGAGUUCAGCGUGCAGAGCCUGGCCUCGGUGGUGAACGAGGAGUGCUUUUAUGAGGCGCAGAGCCCCGGCUCCUCGUAGCCCGGGGCGCCCGGCGGGGCGCGCGGCCCGCUGACUUCCACACGGGUGGCAAAGUGGAAACGGCGGAAAAAUGAGUCGCUAUUGGAUUCUGUGCAGUACGCAUUUUCCCACAAGAUCACUGUAAAGAUUUAAGUUAUUUUAAUUUAUUGUGGACCAGAAAACUAGAUUAAACUGGUCAGGAUCUGUAAAUUAGCUUAUAUCCCUUUUGAGCAGGUAUCAAAAUGACUUAGAAUCCUUAAAGUAAAAUUUGCAUUAUAAUUAUUAUAAGUCGUGUGGUAAAGGAAAGGUUGGGAAAAUGUGAUGAACGGCUUUGAAAAGGGUCACUUUUUCCAAUCCCCUGGGCAUUUUCAUCGAGCUGUUAAGAUUGUGCUUUACUUAAAGCACAUUUAAGUUAUUUUAAUGCGGUUGAGGGGCACAAGGUGCAGACAUCUCAUUGUAAGUUGUAAUAGAUGCUGUUUAUACUAAACGUGUCCCACCUACGCAGUAUGUACAUUAAAAGAAAGCUUGUACUGUACCUUACUUGAUAUUUAUUUUCUCUACCAAGCUGUACAGUAAAAGGAACGCAAGUCAUCUGG